AUGUUCCCAGACCAAAUCAGCGUGUAUCACAAACUAUCAAACGAACCACCGGCACCGAAUGAUCCGAAUCCAAGCCACUUCUCCAACCUCCAUCUUGACGUGCUGAUCAUGUCUGAAGCCAAGCAGCGUCCUGCUGCUCGAUGUGAGGAAGAUGUAGUGUUAUACGAUUACAGGAUUGCAAAGAAAUUGAACAUCUUGCCUGCGUGGAUGUUGGUGCAGUAUCGGAAGCUUUGGGAGGCGCAAGAAGCUGCUAAGAAGGCCAAUAGGGAGAAAGUCAGGGAUAUUGAAAGGAGGGUAAGGGAGUUAGAGGUUGGUACAUGGGAUAGGGAGGGUGCUGUCGAGAGUAUGGGUUCUGCUGCCAGCAGCUAG